AUGGCAGAAUAUCGCUCUCGUCUUGUAGAACUUACAAACUAUUCUGACCCUCCAAAAAUCAUUACUGACGAUGGUGUUGUACAAGUCGAAAUAUUUUCUUCGGAGAAGGAAUCUUUGUAUCGCAAGGGAUUUACAAACACCAAAGAAACGACCGAUCCGGUUGAUCUGACAAUUACUGGCAAUCUACCCGAAUGGUUGUCUGGAGAAUUAUUCACGGUCGGUCCGGGUACCUUUGACAUAAAGUAUAAUAAGAUGAUCGAGGUAGAAGGUGGUUAUGAAACCGGAUCCCUUACUUUCUCCGUGGGUCAUUGGUUCGAUGGACUUCCUCUAGUAAACCGAUUCGUGCUUGACGGCAAAGAGAAUAAAGUAAAUUAUCGCUCUCGACUUACCAGUAAAGUAUUUGAAUCGAAAAUACGCGAUCAUCACGGGAUUUUGACAAGGCAUCCAUAUUCGUUAUUCAAGACUCACGCAAAUCAAACACCAUUAUCCAAAUUUCUCGGAAAAAAGCGAACUAACAAACCAGGAAUGGAACCAUGUGCAGCCAGCAUCAACGUUAACUUUCCUCUGAACACUCCUGGGGAAAAACCCAAAGUAUAUUGUCAGAAUCACUCCAGUCAGAUAGUAAGCCUUGACGCUAAUGAUCUAACUCCUAUUCAA